CAGUUCCUCGCGAGAUUCGGGAAAAAUCAGACGUGAUUUCGUAGAUAAACUCAACCACGCCUCACCUCUUCUUUUUUUCUUUAUUCGUUUAUGGAUCUGCUACCAUUUGGCCACAUUCGAGCAAAGGCACUCAGUUGAAGAGCAAGAAAGAGUUGAUUGAUGUGGCGGAGAUUUCGGGAAAAGGCAUCGCGAAGAGAAAAGGCCUUAUAUCACAGCAAUUCAUCUACUAGAAAUCAAUUUGGACGGGCUGUUCCAUCAGUUUGGGAUUAUAAAUGAAUCUGUGAAGUUAUUCGACACACCAUAGAGGAGAAAAGCUCGCAAAUUAGUGUGGAAAGUGAAGAACAAUUUACCAUUUUUUGCUUAUAUAAUUGUGAUAAGUUUAGAGAAAAAAGGGGGGAAAAGAGCAAGUCACACGAAGAAAUUGGAAUAGUCAUCCGACAAUCAUUCAGUCUGCUGAAUGAACACCUAAAGUCAAUUUGAUCGUCUCUUCCGCACAACGCUAUACUGUAGUUAUCGAAAUUUAUAUAAAAUUAGAUCAUAUAAAAUUGGUUCGUAAAUCAAACAGAGCCAAAAUAGCAAAAUGUCUCUAUACGACAACAGAUUCACCAAAUACUGGGAUUUCCUCUUCACUGAAUUGGCCGAUCAUCGAACAAAUCACUGGCCACUCAUAUCAUCACCCGUGCCUGGACUCACUAUUUUGGGCCUUUACCUUUACUUCGUAAGCUCAUGGGGACCCCGAUACAUGGCCAACAGGAAGCCCUUCAAGCUGGAGCGAACUCUCAUGGUGUACAAUUUCCUCCAAGUUAUAGUCAGCACAUAUUUGUUCAUGGAAGGUCUCGAUGGAGCCUGGCUGAAGAAAUACAACUGGCGAUGUGAGCCUGUGGACUUCUCCGAGAGCGACGAGGCUAUGCGUGUGGCUCGCGGAUGCUACUUCUACUUUCUGGCCAAGAUCUCUGAGCUCCUCGACACAGUGUUCUUUGUGCUGAGGAAGAAGGAGCGCCAGAUAUCCUUCCUCCACAUGUACCAUCACACUGUCAUGCCAAUGAUUUCCUGGGGAGCCACGAAGUACUACCCCGGUGGGCAUGGAACCUUCAUUGGCGUGAUAAAUUCUUUCGUGCACAUAGUUAUGUAUUCGUACUAUUUAUUUGCUGCCAUGGGACCUCAAUUCCAAAAAUACCUCUGGUGGAAGUCGUACAUCACCAAACUCCAAAUGAUCCAAUUCUGCAUUGCAUUCCUCCACUCGGCCCAGCUUCUGUACACAGAUUGUGGAUAUCCGCGCUGGUCGGUGUGUUUCACGCUUCCGAACGCAAUUUUCUUCUACAUGCUGUUCAAUGAUUUCGCCACGAAGACUUACAAGAAGCCACGUGAUGUGCCAACGCGAGAUCAGAACGGAAAUGCCAAUGGCAGUCUUUGUGCAAAUGGUGAUACAUUGAAGUGUGUUCAACGCAAUGGAUAUUGCGAGAAAAAUGACUGCAAUGGUGCUGACGACAAAGACAAGAAAAUCGAAUAAUUAUAUUAACAGCCCUAAAUUGAAUGACAAUUUUUCCUUACUCGUCGCCAGAGUUGAAUUCAUUGAAUGCAAUAGUCGCAUCGUAUUCAGGAAUUUUUACCAAUUAAUUUUAUAUUAUUAUGAUAGUUUUACAAUCAUGAAGUUUAUUUUAUGCAUUGCGAAUGACACCCACAUGGUCAAUUAUUUGUGCAGAUAUUUUUUACAUUAAUUUUAGUAUAGCAUUAAGGUAUGAUUUAUGCAUAAUUAAUAGAUGAAUAGGUUUUUUUGUAUGAGAACUUGAAAAACUGUGGCCUUUCAUUUUACACACACCUAAAACUUCCUAACCAUUUAAGAUGUUUUUGUUUUAGCCCCGAGACCUUUCUCUUUCGGCGAAACUAGCAACACAAAUUGGAGUUCAAUGAUACAUUUGUAGUGAAUAUUUUCGUUGGGGUCAAAGAAAUUCAUGCACUCACCUUGAUUACCUGGUCUUUUUUCUCACUCAUGUAGGCAGUCCGAAAAAUUUACUGUAAAAGUCUUCGAGGGUCUCAAUAGAGAUACAUCAGAUUUAUUACAUACAUAGAAAGAUUUGGAAUUGACAUAAAUUUAAGGAUACAUAAGAAAGAUGCGAGAUGAAAGACAAAAGCAAAAGGAUAGAAUAUUUAUAAUCAGGUUGUGUUUCUAGUGUGAUAUAAUAUGUCAAUUAACCUAAGACGAAGUUAAAUAAAUUCUUCAACAGUAAUAAAAGUGAAACUCUUUUGAGAUUGCUAUAGUGCAGCAGAGAGAAUAAAAAGCCAAAACGAGAAUAAUAAUUUAUUUCACUGGAGAAGAACUCUAAUUACACAUCAAUUUACACAUAGUUUAUCUAACGAUUAAUGUAACAAUAAUUUAAAGCAAUUUUUGGUCACCAUUCUUAAUUGUCUUGUUUUGUAAAUAAACCUUCUGCUCAUUCUGA